GAUCGCCGCCCUGACUGCCUCGGCGCACGGCUUCAGCUCGACCCCGAAGACGCCCUCGGGCUGUCCUGAGGACCUCUUCGGCUAUGUGGACCCGUACACCAUGGCCGUGGUCGACUCGAGCGUGGACCCGCUGGUCCUCGCCGACAAUUUCGGCUUCGGCCCGGCUGGCGGUGACUUCCUCUACACUGCCACGAAGGCGGCUGUGCUUCACUACCUCCCGUUCCGUAGCGCCGUGCCCAACGCUACCGAGACCCUCACCGAGACCUUCAGCGCUGCCCCGGGCAUCACGGGCGAUGGCACCUGCCUGCGCCCUGGUCCGCCGGGAUGCGGCCAGUACGUCAAGACCACCUACGAAACGGGCUGCCCGUUUCUUGGCCCGGACGCGGACCUGAUCCUGGGCGCCAUGUCGAACGAGAACGAGGGCCUGAACGAAGACUUCACCUUCACCGGCUGCACCGCGGUGGCGCAGGAGACGCACUGCUUCAUGGGGUUCAGUGAGGAGGGCUUCGCUAUCAAGGUCGACUGCUCGGUGUGCGAGGCAGAGCGCCGCAAGCUUGCGUCCAAGGAGGCUGUCCCGCUCUCCAAGUACCACCCGCUCGCUUAAGUCGGAGCAGGGAUCGCGGCGUGCGUCGAUCGCGGCCGGGCGCGUCCUGCACUCCCCCGUGAAUGCCGGCUCUAGUAGGACCUCUGAAGGCGCAGCCUCUAGUUCGAAUCCUUAGCCCAUCCCCAUGCGUGUGCCCGGCGUCACGAUGCCUCCCGUGUCGCCCACCGGCCUCCAGAAUCGCAUCUGGCGCUGGCGAGGCUUCGACGUGCGGUACCAGUGCAUCGGCGACGAGCGUGCGGACGGUCCGGCGGUGCUUUUUGUGCACGGCCUUUUUGUGAACGCGGACCACUGGCGCCGCAACCUGCCCGCGCUCGCCGACGCCGGCUGCCGCUGCUACGCGAUCGACCUGCUCGGGUACGGCUACAGCAGCAAGCCGAACCCCCUAAGCGAAGCGGCGAAGGCUGUGAGCGGCGAGAACGGCCGGAGCCUCAGCGCGCCGGUCGCUGACCUUGGCACAGCCGGCGGCGGCACGCGCGAGGGGGUGGAAGUGGAGCUGGCUCACCCGGUCGCGGGCAGCCCGUACAACUUUUACACCUGGAGCGACCUGAGCGAGCAGCUCCUCGACUUUGAGGCGGAGGUCAUCGGCGGCGACGAGCCCGUCACCCUCGUCGCAAACUCGAUCGGGUCGAUCAGCGCGCUGCAGGCCGCCAUCGACGCGCCCGCACGGAUCAACGGCGUGGCGAUCGUCAACCCAAACUUUCGAGAGCUGCACGUGAGCGGGCCCAGGGCGCUGGCGUCUGCCCACCGCAGCCAGCCGCUCUUCGACGCGCUCGCCAGGCCGGCGACGGUGCAGCAGAUCCUCAAGGAGCCGUACUUCGACGCGGACAUGGUGGCGGACGAGCUCGUCGACGUGUUAAUCAACUAUUAA